UACCAAAUGUGCGCUUGCUUGUGUUCAUUUCUCCUAGUGAGCACAGCUCUAAAAAUACCCUCAUGCCCUUGUAGUGAUGAUGAUGGGUGUAACCAACAGGAUGCUGAGACUAUAACCUCAAAGUCAGAGGUCUCCAGAUGCAUUGCUCCUUAGAUCCUUGACUGGGAAAUAAAGCAGCAGCAGGAAGGCCAAAGGUCACAGUCCAACAGCAUACAGGAUUUGAUAUGGAUACUUUGUCCACGUACUGUGUGGAGGGAACCAGUAAUCUGAGAAGCGGAGAGGAAGGCAAGGAGGAGGAAGAAAAAGAAGACGUGGAAGAGGAGAAGGAAGAUGGGGGUGAAGAUGGGGGUGAAGAAGAUAUAGAGGGGAAAAAAGAUGAGUCGGCCGACCAGAAGCUACAAAGACCGGCCUGGGUUCCGUGUUUUUUCUACAAAGCAGAUAAAGAGGUGUACAAUUACGUGGGCCAGGAGAUCAUCAUCAGGUGCGGUCUUGACUCGUAUGCAGGCAUGAUAUGGCCAGCAGCUCUGGCUCUCUGUCACUAUCUGGACACCCAUCGCGAACAGUUGAGUCUUAUGGACAAGGCGGUCCUGGAGAUUGGGGCAGGAACUGGCCUCCUGUCUAUUGUAGCAGCACUCCUCGGUGCCUGGGUGACAGCCACAGACCUUCCAGAGGCCCUGAGCAACCUGAGAGCCAACCUUAACAGGAACACCAGGGGCCACUGCAGAUACACACCCCAAGUGGCAACUCUGUCCUGGGGCGACGGCCUGGAGCGCUGCUACCCUACAUCCGUCUACCGAUACGACUACGUGCUGGCAGCUGAUGUGGUCUACCAUCACGAUUUCCUAGAUGAGCUCCUGGUCACCAUGAAGCAUUUCUGCAAACCAGGAACGACUUUGAUCUGGGCCAACAAGGUGAGGUAUGAGACUGAUCUGACUUUCAUGGAGAAGUUUAAAAAGGCUUUCCACACAAGUAUACUGGCUGAAGACGAAGAGAUGAAGAUCUUCAUGGCAACGUGUAGAGUGUGAAAGACAGAAAAGAUAUGGAUGGAUUACUCAAUGUCCCCUACGGGCCCAGGGACUCCUGAGUCAGAGCCUCUGUUUAAAGAUAUUAACAUUACUCUUUGGGAAGUCAAAGAGCGAGUAUCUGCCACCAUUAAGUUUUGCAUUUGUUGUUUGUUUUUCUCUCCAAAUAAUACAAUGGCACAGUGCCUUUUUAAGCUAUAACAAUAAUAAUUAGUAAAGCUAUUUGUUUCCUUUGAUGGUUUUUAUAUAAUAAUUGUAUGUUCAUUUGUAAAAUGUAAUCAAAACUUGUCAGUUUGGAACUGUACUAGCAGGAAGGCGUAGCAAGAGUUAAGACAGCCUCUCUUCAUCUCCAGUUUUCAACCAUCACCGGAACUGCAGUUACUAUUUGAUUUACCUGUAAAAAUAUAAUUUUUAAAGAUGCCAAACAAACCCAUUUCUCUGUCCACUGGAGGGUCAGCUGCUGCUAUGUAGAGAGGAGGGUCUUUUGCCCGUGUGUGCAUCAGGGCCCAUGAUCUCAUAAUCUGUUAUAAAGGAUUUACGAUGCUCGCAACCAGCAGGCACUAAAGACGGUAAGAAGGGCAACGCAGAAAGGGUUUUAGUUUAGUUGUUGCUUGAACUUAAACUUUCACUUAUUUCACUUUUUACUCCAUGCUCUCCUGGUCUGAUGCCAUACUUACUACCUUGUGAAGCACCCUAUUUAGCCUGAAUAAGUUAAACCUGUGCUACAUAAGGUUAGAAUUAGAAUCAAACUAGUUAUGUCUCAGUGUUGAAGUAAAAACAAUUAUUUAAUUAAUUGACAAGUCAUCUUUUCAGUUAUUUCUUUUAAGAACAAAUGCUAAAAGUUUGACAUUUCAGCUUCUCAAAUGUGCAGAUUUAAUGCUUUUCUAUUUCAUAUAUGAUAACCGAAUAUCUUUAGGUUUUGGACCGCUAGGGGACAAAGCAGUCAAUUUGAAUGUGUCAUGUUGGGCUGUUGUAGCUUGGCUUCGCCCGCCUACAUUUUGUACUUCAGCUCAUUUUUCAUUUUCAGUACAAAUGAAAUGUCCAAGAGUCUGGUAGGACUGCGUGUCUACAUUAGUCAUGAAAUGUCCUGUUUUUAACGGCAUGUGACUUGAAAGUUUAUUUUUAAACAUUUCUAUUGUUUAAUACAGUGAAAAAAAAAAUGAAGAAAAACCCUUGUAUCUGUGAACCUCUUCUUCUACUUUGCUAAUUUCUGAACAAACUCUUAGCCGGCUAUUUCAAAUGACGAGGACAAUAAAAAGAAUAAAACUCACUUACAUAACUCAACGAAACACUCCAACACAUUCCAUUUUGCUGUGCUUACAAAUGAUGAGCAGAGAACACUUAAAAUUCUUCCAAAUCAUUUUUAUUCAGUGUCUUUUUCCUUGAAGUUUUUUGUGACUUAAUUCCACGUGACCACAACAUAGUGUGACAGUUGCUUGGGUCUUUCCCACGUCAUUGAGGAAGAAUGGGUAUAAAAUGAUAUAAUACUAAGAGCAUACAACCUUAUCUCAUAACAUUCUGUAAAAUAUUGGCAUUUACUAAAUUUGUAUGACUACAAAUAUAAACACUCAACAUCCAGAACAAGCAUUUCUGAAGUAUUUCCUGACACCAGCAGAGAGAAGUCUGGUGUCAGAAAUGGACGGUACAGUCCUGUGGUGAAAGUUAAGGCCAUUUUGGAGAGACUGUUAUUGGCAACGCAUACUGUAGACAACUGAACCCUGAAUGUAACAUUUGCCUGAAGCAAACCCCAAACACGGGAAAGAGGAGAAAAAA